AUGGCACAAGCACCUCCCACUCUUGGGCGGAAAUCGUCAGCACCAUGGGACAGGUUGCGUCCAGUCAGGCAAGACCCGCUCGAGAGCAUGGGCUUCGUCUCAAAGGGUGAUAACAGGUUGCUCGAUCCCAAGACGCAAGAGAGCUUCUACAACAAAAUUGUCGCUCGCUAUAUGCAAUUCUGCACCCAGCACGCCAAAGCCCUCGAUAGCGCCUUCGCAUCGCUAUCGGUAGAAGAGGCUCAGUUCCCGACCACAGCUCCAGUCAGAAACCAGGCUGUCAGCGCGACGCAUCCUCCCCCCGUCCGAGCGCCGAGUCCUCAUCAACAAGACUUUCCAGCGCCUGUGCACGCCCCGGCGACCGUGGGUCCCUCGGCGUCCGCCUCAGCCGAGCUGUCUACCAUUAUCCUAGCACUGCGGAAACUCCGAGAAGGCCUUCUUGCCAGCUCUGCGUCAGCGCAAAACCCCGUCUUCUCCCAACGAGUGCACGUGUUCAAUAUCAGAGCGGCUAUCCUAGCACUUCAUCCAGAGGGCUAUCACCCAUCUCUCCUACAUCUGCUGACUACACUGCACACCUCUGAGCAUCCUUUGCCGAGAUCUGAGCUGGUUGAGAUGAUUACUUACCUCAUUCUCGACACUGCGAUUCGACAGAAUGACCUUACCUCAGCAUACGCGUUGAGAUACAAGUGUCAAGUGCGGAUCGGGUUCAGGAGCAGAGUAGUGGACAGCAUUUUGAAAUCGAUUGUCAUGGGUAAUUGGGUGGCUUUCUGGCGCGUGCGACAUAAAGUCGACGGGUACGUCCGAGCCAUCCUUCACUGGCAUCUCGAAUCGCAGCGUAGAAUGGCCCUCAAAGCCAUCGGUCGAGCAUAUUAUUCCUGCGACGCUAGAUGGAUCCUUCGGAGCUCCACUGGCGGCGAAAUGAGCUGGGAUGAACUUGUCCGAGCAGAAGACGUGGGCUGGAUGCGGGAUGGAGACCGGGUUAUGAUCAGGAAACCGAAGGCCAAGGCCGGCUAA